UGCCCUUUGUCUGCGGGAGGGAGAGCAGCAAUGGGGCUUCUCCCCAGCUUCAGGGCCAGCCUUGCCUGGGCUCUGCUUGCCACCGUUCUGGCCACCGAGUUAAGCUUGCAGGAAAGUUUGCUCUUAAAAUCCUUGGGUUUGAGCGCCAAGCCCAGCCCCAAAUCCCCCGUUCCUGUGCCCUCUGUGCUCUGGCGGAUCUUCCAGAAGAGAAAGACGAUGCCUUCGGCAAACAAAGACCUGGCAGAUGGCUGUAGGGUGGAGGAAUUUAACGUCCCUGGGAACAUCAUCCGUGUCUUCGCUGACCAAGGCCACUUCAUUCAUAACGGGCAGCCCCCGAGGCUGCUGUGCCUGCAGAAGCGCCUGUACUUUAACCUCUCCGUGCUGGAGGAGAGCGAGCGCUUGACGAUGGCUCAGCUAGAGAUCAAAUUCAGCCACAACUCCUACCACACCUCCAGCCAGGGGCAGGUUUUUGAGCUGAGGCUCUACCAAACCUCCCAGCUGUCUCUCCGGGGCAUGCCCUCGCAGGAGGGCAGCCGAAAGCUGCUGGUGGAGCAGUCCUUCGCCCAGCUGCACAAGUCUCUCCUCUUCAACCUGAGCGGGGUGGCGAAGGACUGGAGAACGUACAGCAGGAAUCUGGGCUUGGUCUUGGAGAUCUCGGUGAGCAGUGGCGGUGGCGCAUCAGCCCUGGCAAGCAUGGGACUGCAGAGCCUCUGUGCCAGCAUCGAUUCCUUCCUGGACACCUCUCUUUUGGUGGUGACCCUCAGCCAGCAGCAGUGCAAGGCUUCCAGGAGGAGGAGAAGUGCUCACUACACCCCGGUCACUCCGAGCAACCUCUGCAAGCCGCGGCGGCUUUACAUCAGCUUCAGUGAUGUUGGCUGGGAGAACUGGAUCAUCGCCCCGCAGGGCUACAUGGCUAAUUACUGCCUGGGCGAGUGCCCCUUUCCCCUGACAGCGGAGCUGAACAGCACCAACCACGCCAUCCUCCAAACCAUGGUGCACUCGCUGGACCCGGAGGGAACCCCCCAGCCCUGCUGUGUCCCCGUCAGGCUGUCCCCCAUCUCCAUCCUCUACUAUGAUAACAACGACAACGUGGUGCUGAGGCACUACGAGGACAUGGUGGUGGAUGAGUGUGGUUGCAGGUAGCGGAGUGGCUGGGGGAGCGCGUGCCCUGGGGUCCCCGAAGCACUGAAUGAUUGAUGGAAUAAAUGCAAGUGUGUUAAAUCCCCUCUGUGCUGGUUUCCCGGUGGUGCGUUGAGCGCUGGAGCUUCCCCCGGGCUGCUGGGGAGGAGGGCUGGCACGGGGGGAGCGGUGCUGGAGCUGUGACUGAUUGAUUAGGGUGCUCAGCCCUGCGUGCAGCCAUCGGCCGAGGGAUUAUGAUCAGGUCUGGUGCUGGUUGUCUGUGCCGUUCUCCACGGACGAUGGCAGCAGCAGGUUGUGAAUCCCAGGCCCCUCGUGCUUGUCCGAGCUGCUGCUGGUGCCAGCCAGGCACCCGCUUGGGAGAGCAGCAGCGGGCCUGUAUUUUUCGCCUUUUUGGCUACAUGCUGCAGCUUUCUCAGCGCAAAAAAGAAAUUCCUUCUUUUGGUGAAAUGAUGCUGGUGGUUUCCCGUGUCCUGGGUGCAGGGCUCAGCUGCAGCGUGGCCGUGGCGGGAGGAGUUGGUGCAGCAGGAAGAGGUAUGAUGUCACGGCAGGAGCUGCGGCUCCGUGACUGAAUCCCUUCCCGCAGCGUUUUCUCUUUUGCUGUGGAACAAUUUUUGCUCUGCGGUUGGUGAUGGGGCGGUUUGGGGCUGGGCUGUGCGUGGCUCGGAGGUGCCACGUGGCCAAAUGCAUCCGUGGUUCUGUCCGGAACGGCCCCUGGGAGCUGUGGGGCCAGUUGCUGUGCGAUGGGUGUUUUGGCUGAGGGUAAGGGUGAAGCAGGGGGCUGAGGUGGGCGCGGGGUGGGGUGGUGGAGGCUCGCUCCCUCCCAGCCUGCUGGGGGUCAGUAUUUAAUUUACCUCAUUUGCAAAUUGAUGAGACGGGGCUGUGUGUGCGCUUGUCCCUGCUCACCGGCAGCUGCAGCGGGAGCCAGAUGGCAGCCGAGCAUCGGGCACCGGCAGCCCUGCUGUACCAGGCACCACGUUCACGCGGUUGUGCGUUUUAGCGAUAUUUUAAUUUUUUUUUGUUGGCUGCGGUGCUCAGUCCCUCGCAGUAGCGUGACUGUGCUCUCAUUUAAUGCCACUACCAGGAGCCAGCGGAGCAGCACUGUGCAGCGGGGACCCAGCUUUGCCCCUCCGAGCACGGUGGUCACCGACGGGAGCAUUGCUGCUUUUCUUCCGCGGGGCCUUGCAGCAGCUGGGGGUCUAAAGCCUGGGCCAAGCUCCAAAGCUGCUCCCUGUGUCGUGUCAAACCGUGGGGCUGGGAUUGAGCACCAGCUGCUCCAGGCUGGGCUCUCCUGCCACACCUGCAGCUUUGGGUUGUUUUUUUUUGGGGGGGUGGGGGCAGGGAGAAAGAAAAGGAAUCAGAGUUAGACUUGAAUUUUUUGUCUUUUUUCUUUAAAUGUGAACCUGACAACAUAGCAUAGAUUAAUAUUUUUUUGUUUGUUUUGUACUGAUGCUGUGUUGUCUUCAAGGCGUGAUGAAGUAUUGCCAAGCCAAGCUGGACCCCUCCCUGGGGGGGGGACACACUGAGGGUUUAACCACUGCUGGCUUUGCAGAGGAAAUGUCUCGCUGUCCCCUGCAACAGUGUUUUUCUAACACCCCUGAAACAUGUAGCUGAACCCUGAGACUGGAGCAGCUCCAGUGCUUCAGCUGUGUGGUAACAUCCCUCCGUUUCCACGUCCAACUGCGUUUCCCAACAGCGCCAGGGAAGAGCUAUGCUGAAAACCACCUCAAGCACUUCAAACCACUUAAGGGCUUAGAGUCGGCAUUAGGCAAGCAGGAGCCAGCUACUUAAGAUGAGCAGAACUAAGAAAACCUUGAAGUAUUAGGGUUUUUUUGUACCUGUGCUGCAGCAGACAAAGGGGGUGAAGGGCUCAGCUCAUGUAACACGUGGAAAGGAGGCUCAGGGCCUGGCUCCCCAGCACCCUGACCAGCACCGCAGCGGUGGGAGCAGGAGGCAGCCCUGGUGUAGCUGCGCUGAGCUUACCCGCAGGGUGGGCAGAGCCAGGCUGAGCCACCUGGAAUGGAGGGAAAAGCCUGUUUUGCGUUUACUGCAGCACAGGGGAAGCAGGAGGGGGAUGUUGCAGGCCUGCCUCGUCACCUCCUACAACCAGGGUUUGGGAGCGCCGUGCUGGGGCUUGCAGUACCCCCCCCUUUGAGCCUGAGGGAGGACAGGUAGGGCAUCUAACAGCGUUUUCACACUUCAUUUGCUUACCCAUGUACACUAUGCAUACACCACACUUUUGUACUAGUCUGUGUUUAAAAAAAGUAAUAAACUUGAAGUUUAUACAAUCAGACUAAGUUUUAAUGAACAUUGCAUGGUUUCAUCAUUGAAAGGUAGGGGCCACCUUGAAUGCAAGAGCUGUUUAUUAAUAUUUUAUUGAUGACAAACAGGUUUAAAACAAACUGAGACAAAAUCAAAAAAAAAAAAGAGUAACACCGUGCUAGCACUGAUGUCUGGAUUUAUAAAACUCAGAGUAACUGCUACAAAGGAAAAAAACAGCACAAAGCAGAGGCAAGCAUUCCUGUCAGUGAAAUAAAGGGGUGAGGGGAGAGGAGGGGGUUACGUUACUCAAUGGAUUGCAUUGCACAGAGGGUUACAGCUUAAACCUAUCAGAAAAAUCUAUGCAACUACGCAGUCUACGGAAGGAAAAAAAUUAAAAAGCCCUUCGGCAAUGUUAAUAAAUAAAACAGUCCAUCUUACAAGGAAGGAAGGUGGCCUGUGUCUCCAUUCUUUCACAUUUUAGAAGUCUAAACUCUGGAGGCUUUUUAUGAGAAAAGAAUGGGUUUCAUUUCUGGAAAGUUUCUUUUGCAGUUCUCAAACUAUGUUCGCUGCAGGACCGAACAAAAAAAAUUUUGAACACCUGUUCCAUGUUUAUGUGCAUGCUACUCACAGUUUGUGGGUAUGCUACACCAGGUCUGCACUGGGGGAGAGACACUCUUGAAAAACUACAGCAAAUACAGGUUAUGAAAGCGGUCAACAAUCUACAGAAAGGACAGUAAUGAAAGGGCUUCCCCCCCAGUUACAAAAAGUGGGUU